AUGGCAUUCAAAUUCUUAGCAAUUUGUGCAUUUGUUGCACUUUGUAAUGCUGGUGCUGUACCAGUUGUACAACAACAUCAUCAUCACCAACCAGCAGCAAUUUUAUUAAAAUCAAAUCAUCAUGACGACCAUCAUGGUCACCAUGAUUAUGAAGACCAUCAUGCACCAGCUAAUUAUGAAUUUGCAUAUUCUGUACAUGAUGGACAUACUGGUGAUGUUAAAAGCCAACAUGAAGUACGUCAUGGUGAUUCUGUACAAGGACAAUAUAGUUUAAUUGAACCCGAUGGUCAUAAACGUACAGUACAUUAUCAAGCUGAUGCACACAAUGGUUUUAAUGCUCAAGUACAUCGUGAAGGUUCACUUCAUCCACAACAACAUUAUCAUCAUCAACCAGCUGUAGCAAUUGCACAUCAUGCAGCACCUUUAGCUGUCGCACAUCACGCUGCACCAGUUGCAGUUGCACAUCAUGCUGCACCAGUUGCUGUUGCACAUCAUGCUGCACCAAUUGCUUUAACUCAUGUUGCAUCACAUCAUGCAGCACCUUUAGCUGCUGUUGCUCAUGUAUCAAGUCAUCAUCAUGCUACUCCAAUUGCUGUUGCACAUCAUGCUGCUCCUAUUGCUGUUUCACAUCAUGCAGCACCUUUAGCUGUUGCACAUCACGCUGCUCCAGUUGCAGUUGCACAUCAUGCUGCACCAGUUGCUGCUGUUGCUCAUCAUGCUACAUUACAUCAUGCUGCUCCAUUAGUACACUCAGCUACUAUUUCACAUCAUCAACCAGCAGCUAUUGCACUUACACACCACCAUGCUGCUGAUUUACAUCAUGGAGCACAAAUUUCAUAUUCAAACCAAGUACAUCAUGGUAAUCAUCAUCAUUUGGCUUACCACCACUAA